AUGAGAGCCAAUGACCAGCUCGGCGACUACUCCAGAAUCCCCGCGAAGCUACCAGAAGAUUUGUCUCCAGAGGUGCCGCAUUCCGACAACAUGGACGCAACCGGAUAUUUACCCCCUUCCGAGGUCAUAAUAAAAAACAAAAACACCCGCAACUUAAGUGAAAAAUGUGUGGAUCCUCAUCCAAGUACCAAAAACAAAAGUCUUUCUUCAUCAACAUCCACCGAGGACACAAUGAAGAACAAGAACUUGUUGAGAAUUUGGAACAAAAAUCAAGCAGUCUACCAGAUCGAACAAAAGAGCCAAAUCAAAGAACCUGGGAAAGUGAGGACAAUUUUUAAAUCGUUACGCUACGCAAAGAAGAAAGACAAGAUCAAUCUAGUCCUGAGCAUCGCCAUUGCCAUCAGUCUUGGAUUCAUUAGCCCAUUCAACAUGUACUACCUCCUGACACCCGUACUAACUGUAUUCAUCAAUGCAGAGACCGUAGGAAAUCCGCAUAACGUCAACAUGACCGAGGAGAUUCCCCAGAUAGUGGAGUUCGGUUAUGGUUUCUUUAUUACUGCAGCUUUCACAAUAAUUGUUGCAGUGACUGAGAUCAUGGCUUCUGAAAUCGCUUCUCGUAACAUAAUAGCCAGAAUUAAGACCGCCUACUUAUCAAAGAUGCUGUCCAUGGAGAUCAGUUGGUAUGAUAAAGGGCAAGAACAAUUUGUGAAUACUGUGGUACAUGACUUGCAAAAGAUGGCGGUAUUAUUUGACAGUAAAAUGAUUAAUGGAGUAGAAAUGUUUUCAGCAUUACUUUUCGGUUUCCUGGCUGGCCUCCUCCUUUCUUGGAAGGUUGCGCUUUUGACACUUGUAACUAUGUCAAUUGCUAUCUCGAUCUUAUACUUAUUACUACAAGCAUCCAAAAAGAAGGGAAAAUCACAGCACCAAUACGUAACAAAUUGCACGAAAAUUGCCUCUGAAGUACUUGGAAACCCCUGUACAGUCGCUGCGUAUGGAGGAGAAUUUAAAGAAAUUGAGAGGUACAAAAGUACAUUAAAGAUGGCAAAUAAGAUUGAAUUACAAAAUACUGCAGUGAUCUCUGCAGGGAAAGGAUUCAGUUAUUUCUUUUUGUGCAUUUGCUAUUUGGCCGCUUAUUAUUUUUGUGUAUGGUUAUAUCUUUGGGAUGACUUUAACCCUGGAUACCUAGCAGUUCUUUUACCAGCACAAAUAAGCGCUAUUUACCAUGGCACAUAUUUGCUCAGUACUAUUUCUGAUCUCAAUGUAGCAACAGAUUCAGCAUACAGAGUUAUGAGGUUUCUUGAUACUGAGACCAGCUAUAACAAAUCAAUCAAACAAGGAAUCGAACCUGAAAAAUUUAAGGCUAAUGUCUCUUUCAGAAACGUUCAGUUCUCCUAUCCGACAAACAUACAAACAAAGGUGCUCCAUGAUCUAACAUUGGAUAUCGAGCUUGGAAAAGUCACAGCGGUUGUAGGAACUAGUGGUGCCGGAAAAAGUACAAUUGUAAGCCUGAUUUCCUGCCUUUAUGAUAUCACUGCUGGGCAGAUUCUUAUUGGGGGAGUUGAUAUAAAGAAACUGAAUGUCAGUUGGUUGAGAGAUCAUAUUGGCGUCGUAUCACAAGAACCUAUGCUCUUUGAUACUUCGAUAGAAGAAAACAUCAGAUAUGGCAAAACUGAUGCAUCUUUGGAGGAGAUCGUUGAAGCAGCAGAGAUUUCUUAUGCUCACAAUUUCAUAGAGAAAUUACCUUCGGGCUACGAUUGCCUUGUUGGAGAAAGAGGCGUAAAGCUUUCUGGAGGUCAGAAACAGAGGAUCGCCAUUGCUAGAGCCAUCGUCAGGAAGCCGAAACUGCUUCUUCUUGACGAAGCCACUUCUGCGCUGGAUUCUCAUUCAGAAGGCAUUGUACAAAAAGCCCUUGAUAACGCCAUGCGUGGCAGGACUACCUUGAUCAUUGCUCACAGAAUGUCCACAGUGAGGAACGCUGAUGUUAUAUAUGCUAUGAAAGAAGGGCGUGUCGUGGAAAAAGGCACACACAAUGAGCUGAUGGAACUUGGAGGAUAUUACUAUUCUUUAGCCAAGAUUCAAGAACUUGAGGAAAAGGACAAAGUUGUUCCGCUAAUCCAACAAAGUAUUCCUAAAGAAGAAUCGAUAAAAGAAACUAUAUCAUCCGUUGAGGAAAACUUGGAGAUAUCUCAGGACAACCAAAUGAAACACAUACGUUGGCUGAGAAAGAAAAACCUCAAAAUAAUGUUUCUGUGGUUCUUGGUCAUUUUGUUCACCAUCAUCACUUCAGCAUUUCUUCCAAUUUUUUUCCAUACAUUCAGUUUGCUUUGCCAGUCUUUCACGUACACAAAAAAUGAAUUGAGUCGAAUUUCCUUGACGUAUGUUGGUUUUCUCUUUGGACUUGGCAUCAUUAGUUUUUUCGCAGUGGCCUUAUCCGGUAUGAUGUCAACUAUUGGUACUCAACUAUGGUUGGGAAAAUUACAGAAAAUAGCUUUCAAUAAAAUAGUUUCUAUGGACAUAAGUUGGUUCGACUGGAAUGGCAAUUCUCCAAACGAAUGCCUUGAAAUACUGACCAAUAGCCCACCGCUUAUCAAAUCGGUGACAGGAGACAGGGCAACUCAAGUUGUCAUGUUCACGCUUUCGCUGCUAUUCGCUAUUGGCUAUUCAUUCUACGUCAGUACGAAUAUAACUUUGGUAAAUUUACCAAUCUUCAUUGUCUUCUUCAUCAUCAACUAUUGUAGAAUGAGGUCGAAGGAUGCUGACGUUCGUUCUGCCUCCAACCUAACCAGAUCGACCAAGAUGGCUUCUGAAUAUGUUCAAAGUGUCAAAACUGUUCAAAUACUUAACUGUCAAAAGUAUGUGGUGAAGGCGUACCAAGAUAUGCUUGUUCGUUCUAAGAAGGAAGGAUUUAUAAGCGUCGUUUGGUUUGGGGCUGUUUACGCCUUUUCUGGAUCUUUGAUACGAUUGUCGAUGGGGAUAUUAUUUAUCUACGGAGUCAAUAUAGUUGCCAAUAGCAGUGUUACAGGAACGUCACUUAUUGGAAUUAUAUUUACACUGAUGUCGGUCGCUUCGCUGACUGGACCCACCUUGAUCUUGCUGAGCCAGUACCCAGCAGCUAGGCAAGCGAUAAAUCAACUCUACAGAAUCGCCAAUACUAAGACCAUUCUCAAUACUUUGACAGAUCAGGGAAUAAAACCAGAAAUAAAUGGAAACAUUGAAUUCCAAGAUGUGACCUUCUCUUAUCCGACAAGGGAAAAAGUGCAAGUUCUCAAAAGGCUGAACCUCAGGAUCGAAGCAGGAAAGACGGUAGCUCUAGUAGGGGACUCUGGCUGCGGCAAAUCGACAAUCGUCUCACUUCUGGAGAGGUUCUAUCUUCCCAAUGAAGGGAAAAUAUUGAUCGACGGCAACGAUAUAAAUGAUAUAAAUGUGAGAUAUUUGCGAAGUCAAAUGGGUCUCGUUUCGCAAGAGCCAGUUCUAUUUGAUAUGACAAUAAAGGAAAAUAUUCUUUAUGGUUUGGAAGAAGAGAUCUCGAUGGAAAAGGUCAUCGAAGCUGCAAAAAUAUCAAACAUCCACGACUUUAUAAUGAAGCUUCCCCAGGCUUAUGACGCAUUUGUCGGAGAAAGGGGUUCGAAGUUAUCAGGUGGACAGAAGCAAAGGAUUGCUAUUGCUAGAGCUGUCGUCAGGAAUCCUAAGAUAUUACUUCUGGACGAAGCUACGUCAGCGUUGGACACAGAGAAUGAAAAGGCAGUGCAGGAAGCUCUGGAGAACGCCUCUGUCGGUCGGACCACUAUCGUGAUAGCUCACAGACUGUCGACGAUCCGUAAGGCAGACAAGAUAGUGGUCCUCCAGUCCGGUGUGGUAGUAGAGGAAGGGAACCACGAACAGCUGAUGGAGAGGAGAGGCCACUAUUACCAUCUGCUUAGUAGAUAA